GCAAAGAUGGAGCAGCGGCAACGAACGCUGGUGGUGAAUGCAGACGACCUCGGGAUUGACGCCCAACGCGACCUGGGCAUUGCUCAGGCCAUCCGCAAUGGGGUUGUGCGCAGUGCAUCGAUGAUUGUCAACGGCGCGUCGUCAGAGUCCGCGGCAGAGCUGUUUCGCAGGACGGAUUGGCCUGCUCGUGUGAGCAUUGGGCUCCAUCUCAAUCUGACCGAGGGACGUACAAUUGCAACCCCGUCGCUCGUUCGUGCGCUGCUACACGAGUCAAGCGAGGAGAUGCUGGGUAAAUUCGGCUUCCGGGAUCGGCUCAACGAGCAACUGGAUGGUGUCAUCCAGGCAACCGCCAUCGAGACGCGAGCGCAGAUUCAGCACUUUGUGAUGCUGAUGGGCAGCCUGCCAUCGCAUCUAGAUGGGCACCAGCAUGUACAUACGAUUCCCGAGCUGGCUGAAACGAUCGCCCAAAUUUGCGCGGAAGUUGGCAUUACUCGCACCCGCAUUCCGAGUGAUAAUAUGCAAGUGCAGCCGUGGAUGGACACGCAAACACCGCGUUACAAAUUUCUCUGCAUGGUUGCCGAGCAAGGGCGGCGUUCCCGUGCCAUAUAUGCCUCUCAUGGUGUCUCGUCAACGACAAGUUUCAUCGGGUUGGGAUUGAUGGGACUGGAUUUCACCAUUGAGCGGAUGUGUGAGCGUCUUGGAUCGUGUCCUGAUGGAACAAUCGAGUGGAUGUGUCAUCCAGGGCUCAGCUCAACCGAGGGCGAUGAUUUCAACCAGUCACCAGACCGGCCCCUAGAGCUCAAAUGGCUGUGCUCUACGCAACUACGCGAGACUCUGAGCGCGGAACGCAUCGAGGUUGAUAGCUUUCAUGUCGUUUGAAAACGCUUCAUGGUGUCUUAAUUAGUUUCUUACAUCCAAAAGGACCGCACGGGUUUUAC